AGGGACACCAGGGGUGGCAGUGACACCGUGUCCCUGUGUCACCCCCAGGCAGGACCCAGGAGGACGCCCCCACUUUGAGGAGGUGCUCGGAACAGGGGGGGACCCUGAGGACUCCAACCCCCAGCAGGAUGGAGGGCUGCGGCAGCGCCGGGGAGCCCCAGAGAAAGGGGGGGCCCCCGCCCGGCCCCCCCCAGACCCCCUGGGCUGGUUCGGGGUGCUGGUGCCCCCCAGUCUGCGGCAGGCGCAGGGCAGCUUCCAGAGGGGGGUGACUCUGGCCGUGGAGGUGGCCGAGCUCCAGGGCACCGUGGACGCCGUGGCCGCGCGGUACCGGCACCUCCUGCGGCAGAAACGGCUCCUGGCCGGGGACAGAGGGGACACAGAGACCCCCAGGGACAGCAGCUCCUCAGGAACCCCGGGGGACACUGAGACCACGGGGAUGCCAAGUGACCUCAAGACCCGUGGGGACACUGAGAGUGGCACAGUGACCACGGGGGACACGGGGACCGCGUGACACGGACACUGAGGGCACCAGGGACGCUCUGCAGGUGACACGGAACCUUCCCGGGUGAUGCAGCACCUGCCUGUGGGUGACACUGAGCCCCCCGAGGACCCUGCAGGUGACACUGAGACCCACUCGUGGGUGACAACUGAGCCCCCAAGGACCCUGUGGGUGACACUGAGCUCCAGCAGUGGGUGGUGGUCCUGUCAUCACCCUCGUGACAGGACCACCCCAGGGCCCCCGUGUCUCCCCCAAUAAAGCUGUUGUGGUGCCACCA